AUGGUUGAAAAUAAACUUGAUAAUGAAGCACCGAUUAUCUACAGUACAGCGCCACGAAUUGAACGAUCUGCUGAAACUGAUUACGAUGCAGAUAUUGAAGAUCCAAUCGACGCCAAGGAGAUAUUCGAUUUGAUACGUGAUAUAAACGAUCCAGAACAUCCGUUAUCAUUGGAGCAGUUGAAUGUGGUUCAAGAAGAAUUGAUUGAAGUCACUGAGGAGGAUGGCGAUAAAGUGAGAUUUACACCGACAAUUCCACAUUGUUCAAUGGCCACAUUGAUUGGUUUAGCGAUUCGCAUUAAAUUGUCGCGAUCAGUACAUCCUUCAGUUAAGGUAAUUGUUCGUAUAACACCAGGCUCACAUAAUACUGAAGAUGCGAUCAAUAAACAGUUAGCUGAUAAGGAACGAGUUGCUGCAGCGAUGGAGAAUAUUGGACUGAUGAAUGCCGUUAACGAAUGUCUCAAACCGAAGGAUUUUUAA